CGUUGCUAGUAAAAUAAUCAGGCGUUCACUGUGGACAGCUACAGCCGGCUAACCGAGGUCCUUUCUCACACGGAUUACUCGAUUUUAGGUGGACAUCAUGCCGACUGUCAGCGUGAAACGGGACCUUCUCUUUCAGGCUUUGGGGAAAACCUACAGCGAUGAGGAGUUUGACGAGCUGUGUUUUGAGUUCGGACUGGAGUUGGAUGAGAUUACGUCGGAGCGGGAGAUGGUGAGUCGAGAGCAGGGCGGGGACAAGGCGUCGGGGGCGUCAGACGUGGUGCUCUACAAGAUCGACGUCCCCGCCAACCGCUACGACCUGCUCUGCCUGGAGGGGCUGGUGCGCGGCCUGCAGGUGUUCAAGCAGAGGAUUGAGGCUCCUCGGUACAAGCGUGUGAAAGCCUCUGGUGGGGAAGCUCAGAAGCUCAUCAUUACUAAAGAGACUGCAGCAGUGAGGCCUCAUGCGGUGGCUGCUGUGUUGAGGAACAUCAGCUUCACCCAGGAACGCUACGACAGCUUCAUCGAACUGCAGGAGAAACUCCACCAGAACGUCUGCAGGAAGAGGACCCUGGUUGCCAUAGGAACCCAUGACCUGGACACCAUCAGUGGUCCGUUCACGUACACGGCCAAAGCGCCCAACGACAUCCGCUUCACCCCCCUCAACCAGAGCAGCGAGUACACAGCCAGUCAGCUCAUGGGCCUCUACAAGACAGACAGUCACCUGCGACACUAUCUACACAUCAUCGAGGACGAGCCGCUAUACCCAGUGAUCUACGACAGCAACGGAGUCGUGCUCUCUAUGCCCCCUAUCAUCAACGGGAACCAUUCCAAAAUCUCUCUCAACACAAAAAAUGUUUUCAUUGAGUGCACAGCUACAGAUCUCUCAAAGGCAAAGAUUGUGCUUGACAUGAUGGUGACCAUGUUUAGCGAGUACUGUGCUGAGCCCUUCACGGUGGAGGAGGCUGAAGUGUUGUAUCCUGAUGGGCGGUGCUGUGUGUAUCCAGAGCUGGCCUACAGGACGGAGACUGUCUCAGGAGACUUUGUCAACCGCAGAGUGGGCAUCAAAGAGUCUACGGAGAGUAUCGCUGCGCUGCUGACGCGCAUGUGCUUGAGGUCGGAGGUCAGUAGCCAAGGCGACGAGAUCAAGGUGGAGAUUCCGCCCACGCGCUCUGAUGUCAUCCACGCCUGUGACAUCAUGGAGGACGCGGCCAUCGCCUACGGCUUCAACAACAUUGUCCGCACCACGCCCAGAACCUACACCGUAGCCAAUCAGCUCCCAUUGAAUAAGUUGACAGAAUUGCUGAGGACCGACUUGGCUUCUGCUGGUUUCACUGAGGCACUGACAUUCGCUCUGUGUUCACAGGAGGAUAUAGCGGAUAAGCUGGGCAAGAAGAUAACGGAUGUGAAGGCGGUGCACAUUGCCAACCCAAAGACUGCUGAGUUUCAGGUGGCGCGCACCACUCUGUUGCCAGGGUUACUGAAGACGUUGGCGGCCAAUCGCAAGAUGCCCCUCCCUCUCAAGCUUUUUGAAAUCUCCGACAUUGUGAUGAAGGAUGAGAAGAGAGACGUGGGCGCGCGUAAUAACCGGCGGCUGUGUGCCGUGUUCUACAACAAGUCUCCAGGCUUCGAGGUCAUCCACGGGCUCCUGGACCGGGUCAUGCAGCUGCUGGAGGUCAACCCGGGUCGUGACCAUGGUUACCACAUCCAGGCAGCCGAAGAUUCGACCUUCUUCCCGGGACGCUGCGCAGAGAUCUUUGCACGCGGGCAGAGUGUGGGACGCCUCGGGGUCCUUCACCCCGACGUGAUCAACCGCUUCGAGCUCACGCUGCCCUGCUCUGCCCUCGACCUGGACAUCGAGCCUUUCCUGUGAAACCAUAGCAACGCUGGGCACAGCCACACCCCACCCCACGUGGUCCUGCUCGGAUAUGACAUCACCAUCCCCCAGGCAAUGGCCUGCUCUGAUUGGACAGAAGGACUUUGGUGGUGUGAGGGGUAAGGACCCCUCAAGGUGGCCGCGGCAGAUGCCUGUGUGUAUUCUGUAUCCACACAAACCUGUUAAUGAGUGUGUGUGUGUGUGUGUGUUUCUCUUAAGCCUGCACACACA